GCGUUUACUGCCACAGAGGACACUCUCCGGACCCGAGAGCAGCUCAGCGUGCCCGUGUUUCUCCUCCUGCCUGUUUAAAAACUUAGGUGGCGAAAGAAGAAAAAAAACACCCUCACGAAGAUGCCCUUACUCCCGGGCCCCUUUGUCCGCUGUAGCUCCAGCGCCACGCUCCUCCGUGCGCUCUGCCUCGUCUUCGCUGGCUUCACCUGCACUGGUUCCGAGCACACGGCCACGGCGACGCUCCCCGCCGCCUUCUCUGAUCUGUUACCUCACUUCCUGGUGGAGCCGGAGGACGAGUUCAUCGUGAAGAACAAGCCGGUGACGCUGACCUGCCGCUCCACGCCGGCCACACAGAUCUACUUCAAGUGCAACGGCGAGUGGGUCCACCAGGACGACCAUUUGAUUGAGCGGACGGUUGACCCAGCCACAGCGCUGCCAGUCAUGCAGGUGACAAUUGACAUCACCAGACAGCAGGUGGAGAAGGUCUUCGGUCUGGACGAGUACUGGUGUCAGUGUGUCGCCUGGAGCACCACUGGGACACAGAAGAGCCAAAAGGCGUACAUCAGGAUCGCUUACCUGAGAAAGAACUUUGAGGAGGAGCCGCAGGGUAAAGAGGUGGCAUUGGACCAGGAGGUGUUACUGCGCUGCCAUCCCCCCGAGGGAGUGCCACAAGCCGAGGUGGAGUGGCAGCGAAACGAGGAUGUGAUCGACCCGGCGAGCGACCCCAAUUUUUUCAUCGCGGCUGACCAUAAUCUCGUCAUCAGAAAAGCCCGGCUGGCGGACACGGGCAACUACACGUGUGUGGCCAAAAACAUCGUCGCUCGCAGAAAAAGCACCUCUGCCACGGUCCUGGUCUACGUCAACGGCGGCUGGUCCACGUGGACCACCUGGUCGUCCUGCAGUGCUGGGUGCGGGCGUGGCUGGCAGAAGAGGAGUCGGAGCUGCACCAACCCCACGCCACUGAACGGAGGCACAUCCUGUGAGGGGCAGAACGUCCAGAAAAGUGCCUGCGUGGCCACCUGUCCAGUGGAUGGCGGCUGGAGCGAGUGGAGCAAGUGGUCAGCGUGCGGCGCCGACUGUUCGAUGUGGAGGAGCAGGGAGUGCACCCAGCCCUCACCUGGCACAGGGGGCAAAGACUGCCAGGGGCUCGACCUCCAGUCUCUCAACUGCACCAGCGAGCAGUGCCCACAGAGAAUCAGUCUGCUCAUUCCUCCCGAGGCCAUCCCCAGAGGAAAGAUCUAUGAGAUUUAUCUCACUGUUCAGAGGAAAGAAGAUUUAAGGUUACCCCUGGCAGGUUGCCAGACCCUGCUUAGCCCCGUUGUGAGUUGUGGCCCUCCAGGGGUGGUCCUGAGCCGGCCGGUUAUCCUCAGCAUGGACCACUGCUCUGACGCUUGCCUCGAUAACUGGGCCGUUCGCCUCAAGAAGCAGAACUACGAGGGCGCUUGGGAGGAUGUCUUGCUCAUGGGGGAGGAGCUGGUGUCAGAGCCCUAUUACUGCCAGCUUGAAGCCGAGACGUGCCGGCUGUUCUCCGAGCAGCUGGGCACCUUCGCCUUGGUUGGGGAGUCCCUGCACAUGGGUGCUGCCAAGCGCCUGAGGCUGGUGCUCUUCUCAGAUGCAUACUGCUCAACGCUGGAGUACAACAUCAGGGUGUACUGCAUGGACGACACGCAGGACGUCUUCAAGGAGGUGAUGCAGAUGGAACGGCAGCUCGGGGGUCGGCUGAUUGACGAGCCUCACGUCCUCCUCUUCAAAGACAGCUACCACAACCUGCGCUUGUCCAUCCACGACAUGCCCCAGGCGCACUGGAGGAGCAAGCUGCUAGCCGGCUACCAGGAGAUCCCGUUCUACCACAUCUGGAACGGUUCCCAGCGGUACCUGCACUGCACGUUCACUCUGGAGCGGCUCAGCCUCGGCACCUGCGAGCUCACCUGCCAGCUGUGUGUGUGGCAGGUGGAGGGGGAGGGACAGAGCUUCAGCCUCGACUUCAACAUCGCCAAGGACACCCGAGCUGUGGACUCUGAGUUUCUGUUGAUGGACAGUAACGCCACAGCUCUGGCAGGACCCAGCGCAUUUCAGAUCCCGUACCUCAUCAGGCAGAAGAUCUGCAGCAGCCUGGAUGCUCCCUGUCCCAAUGGAGCUGACUGGAGAAUGCUAGCACAAAGACUUAAACUUGAGAGACACAUGAGUUUCUUUGCAUCCAAAGCGAGCCCGACCUCUGUGAUCCUGGACCUGUGGGAGGCGCAACAUUUCCACAGCGGCAACAUCAACCAGCUGGCCGCGGUCAUGGCUGACAUUGGCAAACAGGAGGCCAUGAUAUUCCUGGUCUCUGAUGGCGAGUGCUAACCCAGAAAACAGAGACAGACUGGUGCAAAGAGGAAAAAAAGUACACAACACAACAACGACACA